CAACCAAUCGCGUGCGGGGCGGAUGACCCUUCGGGCCAAUGGGCCGGGAGAGAGGGCGGGUGUUGGGCUAGGCGGUGGCGGCGAGGAAGAUGGCGGUGCUUCCCGGAGACUCGGGCUGGCGCUGGCGGUGGAGGUGGCGAUGGCGGGGGUCGGGGGCUCGGCCUGUCCGAGCGGGCUUCGGCACUUUGCUCCUGCUCCUCCUACUGGGAUCCGGGCCUGGGCUGGGGCCGGCCGAGGCGGACCAGACCGAUGAGUACCUGAAGCGGGAGCACUCGCUGUCCAAGCCGUACCAGGGUGUGGGUACUAGCAGUUCUUCACUAUGGACGCUGAUGGGGAAUGCCAUGGUGAUGACCCAGUAUAUCCGUCUUACCCCAGAUAUGCAGAGCAAACAGGGAGCUCUGUGGAACCGGGUGCCUUGCUAUUUGAGAGAUUGGGAACUACAAGUGCAUUUCAAAAUCCAUGGACAAGGAAAGAAAAAUCUGAAUGGGGAUGGCUUUGCAAUCUGGUAUACAAAGGAUCGGAUGCAGCCAGGGCCUGUCUUUGGGAGCAAGGACAAUUUUGUAGGACUGGGAGUAUUUGUAGACACCUAUCCCAAUGAGGAAAAACAGCAAGAGGCACAGAAGAGGAGAUAUUCUCCAGGAGUCCAGCGGGUGUUCCCGUAUGUCUCAGCCAUGGUGAGCAACGGCUCCCUCAGCUAUGAUCAUGAGCGGGAUGGGAGGCCCACAGAAUUGGGUGGCUGUACAGCCAUGGUUCGAAAUCUCAACCAUGAUACUUUCUUGGUGAUUCGCUAUGUCAAGAGGCGCCUGACGAUUAUGUUGGACAUUGAUGGCAAACAUGAAUGGAGGGACUGCAUUGAUGUGCCUGGAGUCCGCCUACCUCGGGGCUACUUCUUUGGCACCUCUUCUGUCACUGGAGAUCUUUCAGAUAACCAUGAUAUCAUCUCUCUGAAACUUUUUGAGCUGACAGUAGAGCGAACUCCAGAAGAGGAAAAGCUGCACCGAGAUGUAUUUCUGCCCUCAGUGGACAAUAUGAAGCUUCCUGAGGUGACACUCCCAAUGGAGCCCUUAAGUGGCCUGGCCCUUUUCCUUAUCGUCUUCUUCUCUCUGGUGGCUGCUGUGUUUGCUCUUGUCAUUGGCAUCAUUGUCUACAACAAAUGGCAGGACCAGAGUCGAAAGCGUUUCUACUGAGCUGUCGUGGCUGCCACCACUGUGGCUACAACCCAUAGGCACUGGGUGAGAAGCACUGGCCCCAACAUGCAGCCCAGCAGGAGGACUUCUCCCAUCUCACAACAUUGUUUUGUAACUGGAGCUUCAAACCCAGGGACACUGCCACUCAUUCCCAUAGGAAUCUGUGGGGACAUCUAACUCUGAGACAGGAACCCCAUUCAUAGUGGGGACUGUGCUGCUGUGAUGUGCCUUUCCCUGAGGUCCUACCAGCUGGGAGCCAAGAAGGAUGGCGAGAAUGUACUCUUUGGGGGUUUUUUGUUAAAUCAUAAUCCCAGGCCAAAAUUUUAUAGCACAGGAUACCUUGAAGGCCAAAGCAGAAGGAGAGUUGUACUUCACUUUCUAAAUCCCCAGAGCACUGAGAUUUCUCUCUAGAAAUCAGUAACUCCUUGGUACUUCCAGCCAUCCAGCCACUGGUCUUUAUUACGUCUUAGCCUUUUUUGCUGGAAGGUUUUCCUAGAAAUAAAUGACUCUUCACGUGUCCCUCCCUUCUCCCCACCACAUCCCUUCUCUCCUUCCUCCCAAGUUCUCUCCCAGCUGGAAGCAGACUGCAUUGCCUCACCCCUAUGGAUGGCUGGAAGUCUGGAGCUACAGGAAAGCACGGCUUUUCAUUGACAUUGGCCUAAGGAUCACGAGGUUGAGCAUAUUCUCUCCCUUUGUUUCAGUGCAGCUUUACCUCAAUCUUCCAUCCCCCUGUUCUGUGAUUAUGGGUCUUUCUUGAGUUUACCUGGUGGUCUGGCAGUGAGCCUUCUAGCCAUCUUCCUGUAAUACCUUGAAUGUUUUUGCUGGGGAAUGGUCACUGUGUAAAUGAACUGGCUGGAACUCAGGAUACUUUUUCCUAAGAGUAUAAAAGGGCCCAGCAGCUCCUUAUUAGUCUCUCCUGGGACUUGCUGCAGUUGCUAAGUUGCAUGUUUGGGAUUUGUGGUGAUUCCUUGGAUCUUGCCAUGAAUGUUUAGAAAGUGUGAAGGCUUCCUCCCACAGCCCACCUCCCCUCUUUUUAUGAGCAUUAUUUGGCCUCAUUAUUGGGAGAAACAAAAAUUGCUUCUAGGUAUAAAUAUUGAGCCCCCUUCAUCUCUCCUUAGAGGAGGUUUAGCUAUUUUCAGGAAAAAUGUUCUCUGUAAACCUUCCCCUUCUCUCUUAUCUGCUAAGGAGUCAUCUGCCUCCUUGUCAUUGACAGGACUAAUUUGGUUAGUAGCCCAAAGUCUAAUCUAAAAAGGAACUGAAGCCUUCAUGCUGUUCUAUGUGUGUCUAUCACAAAGGAAAUUCUUAAAGUGACUAAUGGUUAAAGAAUGAGAUAGUGCCUUUCCACUUGGGGGUGGGUUUUGGGGGAGGUUUGAGCCUGAGACUCUGAAUGUGUCCCAUAUAGAAGUAAUCUCAGGACAGGAAAGGGCCUGGGAUUCAUCUGCAAGGCCUGGGCCCUUUUUAACUUGGAGUUGUUUUCUAGUAACUCUGGUGGUAAAUGAUGCCACCAUCCUACAGCUUAGCAGCAGAGACCUGUUAUAAUAAAACCUCAGAUGGGACUGAA